AUGCGGGUCCAUCGCAGCAUACUUCAAGGGAUGCAAGUGUUGCAAAAGAUCGCGGCUGCAUUUUUAUGGCGAGGAAAACAUCCCAUAAUUAGUUUUAAAACUAUAAUUGGAAAAAAGAUAGAUGGAGGAUUUGCCGUAUUAAAUAUUAACACAAUGGUAGAAGGGUUUAAAAUUAAAUGUGGUCUACGCCUGAUGUCUGAUACCCCAGCGAAGUGGAAAUUUUAUGCUCUGCAGUCCAUGGCCACGCAGUUGCAGUGUUUUGAUCGUUCAUUAUGGUCAAACCUGGUGCCACACAUACAGCAGGGAACCAGUCUAUUUCACGGAGCAGAAUUGUGA